ACUGGCUCUGGGAAAAACUCCGAUUUGUGGCAAUUUUCUGGGUUUUGUGCGGUGAAUAUCGUCACCGUGUCUGAUCUGGGACCAGUGUGAGGUCAAUUACCGCCAGGGCAGCAAAGCGCCUUGGGGAGCCAGGACCACGCUCCGUGCGGUGCUGGGUGCUGCGCCCGUUCCGGUUCUCGCACCCGCUGCAGGUGGAUUGGGGCACGUCACUGAGAGAAGAAAGCGUAUCUUGUGCUGACUGAUGUGGACUACAGACACAUUGUGAAGAAAACAAACUGCACAUAAAUAAAUAUUACCACGAUACCAAGACUACAGAAAUAAUCCUCAGUGUUUUCAUGAGUCUGUAAACUAUGUGACUAGAGGCCCCUUUUCCAAAGGAUGGGGGAAAGAGCCGGAAGUCCAGACCCCGAUCAGGAGAGAAAGGCAGGCAAGCACCACUUCUCUCACUACUCGUCUGACUUUGGGUCCUCACCACAGUCUUCUGACCAUUCGUCACCCAUCCACUUGCUUUCGUGUCCAACUACGAAGGAGAAGAAUCCCAGAAGACAGUUGUCAGAGAACCAGGUACAUCACCAAGUCCUUAGGAAAGUUAGCCCUAAGGCUGUACCCAGCAAAAAGGGAGCCCGAGUCGGAUUUCGGUCCCAAAGCCUCAAUAGAGAGCCGCUUCGGAAAGAUCCUGACAUCGUUACAAAGCGAGUUCUUUCGGCAAGGCUUCUGAAAAUCAACGAGCUGCAGAACGAAGUGUCUGAACUGCAGGUCAAGUUAGCCCAGCUGCUCAAAGAAAACAAGGCGUUGAAAAGUCUCCAGUUUCGUCAGGAGAAAGCGCUGAAUAAGUUUGAAGACGCAGAGAGCGAAAUCUCGCAACUUAUACUGCGUCAUAACAAUGAGAUUACUGCACUCAAAGAACGCUUAAAGAAAUCUCAGGAGAAGGAGCGGGCCACAGAGAAGAGGGUGAAGGAUACGGAAGGGGAACUCUACAGGACCAAGUUUUCCUUGCAGAAACUGAAAAAGAUCUCUGAGGCUAGACACCUCCCAGAACGCGAUGAUCUGGCCAAGAAACUGGUUACAGCAGAGUUAAAAUUAGACGACACCGAGAGAAAAAUUAAGGAGCUCUCAAAAAACCUCGAGCUGAGCACUAACAGUUUCCAGCGGCAGUUGCUUGCUGAGCGGAAAAGGGCAUUUGAGGCCUAUGACGAAAACAAAGUUCUUCAAAAGGAGCUGCAGCGGCUCUAUCACAAGUUAAAGGAAAAGGAGAGAGAAUUGGAUAUAAAAAACAUAUACGCUAAUCGUCUGCCCAAGUCCUCUCCAAAGAAAGAAAAAGAAGUUAUUGCAAGAAAACAUGUAUCAUGCCAGAGUGACUUUACAGACCUGUGUACAAAGGGAGUACAGACCACUGAAGACUUUGAGCUGGAAGAGUUUCCCAUCACACCACAGACAGUUCUGUGUUACGAAAACAAAUGGAAUGAAACAGAGUAUCUUUCUUCGUACCUGGAAUACCACGAGCAAAGCGAGCGUGGAGCAGAGAUUCUACAUCCAGCUUUGGAAAAAGAAGAACCGCACAGUGAAGAUCGGGAGGGAGGCUCUGGCAAGCAGGAGGCUUCGGGGAAGCCUGAGAGGGAACGGGAAAGAGAAGAACUUGAUAAAGUGAAGAGUAAGUCAUCUUUGCUAGGAAGAGCAGAGAAGCCAGCACUGGACACCGGAAGGUUCCAGAUGGAAACGUCUCAAACUCAGAAUGCUGAUAAACUCGAAGACGAGGCAGAAAGACUAAAGACAGAAAUGCUUCUUGCCAAACUGGAUGAAAUCAACCAAGAACUCCAGGAUCCGCAGAACCUCAACCGGCCCCCUUUGCCCCUGCUCCCCAACUUUGAAUCAAAACUGCUUUCUCCAGACAGAAGCCCCAAAUCAUACACAUUCUCCGAGCCUUCAGACAGAUUUAACGGACAUCAUUUGUCAGACAUGAGUUUUUUAAGUCCCAGAGGAGAAGGCCGGAGCCCAGGACCAAUUCGAAGCCCGGGCCCUCCAGAUGAGUUUGCAUUUGGUAGCUACGUGCCUUCGUUUGCAAAAAUGUCAGGCAAGUCCAAUCCACUUAGCCAAAAAAGUAGCCUUUUAGAUUUCCAAAACAACAGUCUGGAAAGCCCGAGGAAAGACAAUGUAGAUUUCAUUUUGAGGAAAGAGAAGAAGGCGAACUUGAUGGAGGAGCUGUUUGGAUCCAGUGCCGGCGCCGGCACCACCACCGUCUCCUCCAAGAGCGGUGGCGAUCCGAACUUUCUGGCUGCCGGCAGAGGAGACUUGGACCCUCUUAAUUUCCCCUCUGGGGAUAAAAGCAGCCGAGUUCGGGAGCCUGAUGGUGAAGAUGAAGACUUUUUCCACAGCGAGGGAAGAAGUUUUAAUCCCAACAGGCCGCGGCCGAAACACACAAGCAAUAAGCCAACAGUCAAAGCUGCUGACCCUGUUGAUGAGGACAUUGAAGAGGUCACACUCCGAUGACUGAGUGGAGCCCGCAGUGUAUAUAUAUGUGUGUGUAUAUAUUUUAAAUUGUAAAUAUUAAAGAAUUUUAAUACAGUAUUUAUUACAAACACUUUAACUUUGAAUGGUAAAAUAGCCUUAUUAGGGAAUAAUUCUUAGCGGCUAAAUGUGGCACAAUUCAACAGAUAGUGCCAUACCACAUAGCCAGGUUGCUAAGAAUGCCUUUUUUGUUUUGAAAUGACCCAAAAGGAGACUUGUUGCUUCCUUUUUUCUGUUUGUACAGCUGGUCUCACUCACUGAGCUGGCCCCUGUGGGAAGUUUAGCCUCACUAGAAUCUUUAUUUCCUACUUUUACAUCUGUUUAUUUUUGGUCAGAUCUCACUGAGCCUAAGUAUUGUCUUCCCACUGAUGGUUAGAUGGAAAUUGAAGUCUCCGGUGAAGACCCCAGUAGCAGAGGGUGGAGGGACGUAGGAGCUGUGCCCGUGUCUGAGGUGACUGUCAAACCACUCCUGAGUGCUUCCUCUGGAAAUCCUCCCCCCCCAGGUGUUUGGGGUGUUUACCACCGUAUGUAAUGAGGUAUUACUCCUGAGGAGCAAUCGGUACUUGUCAGUUACAGUCCUGGAAUUACUCACUGCUGCUCUGCUGGCCACUUAGGUAGGUCACGGGAGACUUUUUUCCCUCUACGGUGCCCCUCUGCGUGGCUCCAGGAGGCUUGGGCACAGUGUCAUGCCCUCCUUUUGUACACUCUGUAUUCUGGUGACCGGUGCAAGAUUCCCUACCAAAUACAGGAAGCAGAAGAAAUGUCAGCCCAACACAGAAUGAUUUUCAACCCAAUUAUGUUUCCAGAGCCCUAUUUUUGGAAGUUUUAAUACAUAAUUUUAAGAUUUGAACUUGUGCUCAAAUCCAGGAGACAGAAGUGUGAUACUCUUGGGUUUACGGGACUGAUGUUGAAGCAACCGUGGUUAGAAAUGUUUAGAAUUGGGACACCUACUGUGCUGAGUAGACUCAAUAGCUUUCUGUUGAAUGGCACAGUUUCCUUCCACUUAGUUCAAGCCAGAUGCAGAGGCAUUUGCUGAAUAGGACUCGUCCUCCGGACAUACCAGCCAAGGAGAAACGCUGUAUGUGAUGGCGUAACCUGAGCAUUGACCAUCUGUUCAUGGUGUGGGUCUUAUGCUAGCUAGGCAUUCACACUGACUGGGGGCAGGAGUUCCCAUGGUAUCUGGGGUUCCUCUAAAUGCUGAUAAGACAUUACCUGGUUAGGUCUCUCAUUCCCAGCUGCACAGCCUGCCACCUCCUGGAUCGGCUUCUUGUCACUUAUUGGGAACAGACUCCUUAAAGUGCUAAAUAAUAUUUAAAACU